CGCUCCGGCUCCUGCGUUCAUCCGUUUCUUCGUUUCGACCCUUCUACUUCGUCGGCGCUCCUGCUAACGGCACCAGAGAAGAAUGUCGUCGUCCUCUACGCAGGUGCCCCUGUGGCAAGGCUUCCGGCUUUACAUCACCCAGGAUGCGUACACGUUCGAGCCCGUCGAUGCUGCUGCCUCGAAGCCGGAGAUCCUCGUCAUUGACCGGGCUGAUGGGGAUGUCCACCUGGAAGGCUCGGUGCCUCAGGGUGCCACGAGCGGCAAGGCGAUGGACGUUCAUGGCAUCAUCGGCCUGAUCAAGCUGCACCUGCACACCUUCCUCGUGGUCAUCACGUCGCGCAAGGAGAUCAAGGUGCCAGGCCUGGGCGCUCCCGUCUUUCUCGCCACCGACUUCCGACUCCUUCCCGUUCCAAAGGAUGCCAAGCCAAGCCUUCUGUCACACCCGGUGGAAAAGAUGCUGUUGAACCUGCUCAAGAGCCACUUGUUCAGCGCGCCUCUCUACUUCAGCUACGGCGUAGAUCUUGGCAGCAGCUUCCAACGACAGGGAUCGAGCCAAUACCAGACCAGCGCCCCGCUUUGGAAGAGAACGGACGAGCGCUUCUUUUGGAACCGAUACCUGCAGAACCGUUUCAUCGACAUGACUGAGUCCGGAGGCCCCGACCUCUCACGCUUCAUCCUGCCCAUCCUCUUUGGCUUCUUUGAAACCAAGGUUGCGACGAUCAACUCGAGGAGCUUCGUGUAUGGUGUCAUUGCCCGUCGUUCGCGCCACAGGGCGGGGACUCGGUACUUUUCUCGAGGCAUCGACAACAAGGGCAACGUGAGCAACUUCAACGAGACGGAGCAGUUCAUCAUUGCCGACUUCCCUUCGGGCGCGGUCCAAGGAGCAGAGGCGAUCCGAGGCCAGAUCAAAAUGAGCUAUGUCCAGACCAGAGGCAGUGUGCCCGUCUACUGGGCCGAGGUCAACAACCUGCGAUACAAGCCCGACCUGCUCAUCAUGGACCGCGAGGAGGGCGCAGAGUCGACCGCGCUUCAUUUCCAGCAGCAGGUGCAGCUGUAUGGAGAAAAUCACCUUGUCAAUCUUGUCAACCAAAAGGGCUACGAAAAACCUGUCAAGGACGCCUACGAGCGAGCGGUUGACCAGAUGAACAACCCGAAAGUGCACUACACUUACUACGAUUUCCACCAUGAAUGCAAGGGCAUGCGCUUCGAUCGCGUCAUGGGCCUCAUUCAGCGCCUGGAGGAGAAGGGCCUCAAGAGGGACGACUACUUCUUCUUCGACGAGACUCAAAGCGGCAAGGUGCUCUCGACGCAAGGCGCUGUCGUCCGUACGAACUGCAUGGACUGCCUCGACCGAACCAAUGUUGUGCAAAGCACUCUUGCCAAAUGGGUCUUGGAAAGGCAGCUGGCCGCCGUCGGCAUUCUUGCAAAGGGAGAGACGCUCGAAAACCAGCCGAAGUUCUGGUUUACCUUCCGUAAUGUCUGGGCCGACCACGCAGACGUGAUCAGCAAAGCUUACUCAGGAACGGGUGCGCUCAAGACGGACUUUACGAGGACGGGCAAGCGCUCGACCGAGGGUGCUAUUCAAGACGGCGUCAACAGCAUGACUCGCUACUUUAGAAACAACUUCUUCGAUGGCCCUCGACAAGAUGCCUACGACCUCUUUACAGGAGCGUGGACGCCACGAAAGGGCGUGCAGGGCGACAAGCGGGCCUUCUUCAUCCGUCUGCUCCCUUACAUCUGGCUCCUGUCCGCCACAAUUGUCUUUGUGGGCAUACUCUUUCCAAGUUUGUUCUCCCACUGGGGAACGUCACACACGACGAUCGUUGCGACCUUUACUACGAUUGCAGCCGUGAGCUUCUACGCCAUCACGCAGCGAGGCCUUCAGUACGUCGCUUGGCCAAGCCUCAACCGGCCAGAGGAUGUAAUGUAUUACGAGGGACCCGGCUAUUCAUCGGGUCGACAUGGACGUGCAGGGACCAGCAACAACAAGUACGCCAAGAACUCGACUGCUGCGGGCUACACGACGGCGAGGGACCCGAACAAGGCGGUCUCCUCGCGUGGCGUAAAGGGAAGGAGGGGCGGGGAUUACGACGAAGCCGAAGAUGAGAAGUAGGGAAGAGAUUACGAUUUGAAAGAGGCUAGAAAUAGGUAGAUGAAUCUGUGCUACAAUGUCUUUUUUUUUCAACGACGAUGUUGAGAGGGAAGCUUGGU